AUGGAGUUAAGUGUUCAUCACCUGUAUGAGGUGUUAUCUCGUGCACCCGCAUACGUUAAUUGUAAGUUUAGAAGUGUAUCCCCCGAAGUAGAUUUCUCGAUGGAGCUCAAUUAUUGCCGUCAACAAGCCCGCAACAUGCUUCAACGCGGCGACAUGCACGUUUUCGCUUUCCCUCACGUUCCAGCACAUAUGGGGAUGGACUUCUAUCAUUUAUUCGAUAAUGGUCCUUCACCAGGAUUGCCAAUUCAAUUCUUGAACUUAUUUAACAGUUAUUGGAGAAUCCUCGAUUCGUGGAAUGGGUUGGUCCUGGUUGAAUUUGAGAUAGUGGAUAGUAAGCCACCAAGACCGUGCAUUUGCAAUCCUGUCACAUGUUAUUGGGCACUCCUCAGAUCUCCCAUGGAAGAUUGCAAAAAUCCUCAUGAACUUGAAAUGCAUAUCGUAUUCGUUCCAUCUGACACAGUUGGGAACGAUUAUAAAUUGAUCUGUAUAGCGGGUGUUGAACAUCGAUGGUUACCACCAUAUGUGAUGAAGGAAUUUAACUUUGUUGAAUAUGAUUGGCAGGUUAUCAAAGGUGAUCUUAAUUUCGGGCUAAGGGGGUUGGAACUGGAUCAAGUUGCAGUUGUCAAUGAUACUUUGUACAUUAUGUCAACCACUAUCGAUUACAACGAUGGAGAGCAUUCAGUUUCGGAGGAUAAUCCACCCCCGUUCAUAGGGAAAUACUCACUUGGGGAAAAGAAAAAAUCCACACUACCCCUGCCUAUUGAGGCUGCUCAGGAUCCUUUUCAUGGUGAAUACGGGGUCUUCAAAUGGGGUAGCCGAUGGACGUCAACCGAGUCUCUGUGUCUAGUUCGAAAUAUUGGAUCGACCUUUACUUUUUGGACUUCUUCUUUAGAAGGUGCGCCUGGUUCAUGGGUCCUUAUUCAAAACCUGAACAUAGGACAGCUGGGGAUUCUUGACGAUCUAAUCAAAGGUUUCACUGUUGUUAAUGGAGAAUGUUUGAUAUUCGCCACAAGGUCCACGGUGUAUGGUUUCAAUGUAAACGGAGAUUAUCCAUGGAAAUUCAAAGUUCUUGGUCCAAACAGAAGGAAGACUUAUGUCAAAUUCAUCUCUUAUUCGAGUACCUUUAGGCCUGUUAACUCGUCUAUCACAACUACCUUUCGGAAUCUUCUUGCAUUAUUAACAAUAUAA